UCACGGGCGCGGAGGCAGGAGGAGCGUUCUUUCUCAUUGUUCCGAGAGCCGUCGCCACUGCAGGUCCCUCGGCUCGAGCGGCCCGGCCCCUCUCAGCCCGCCCCACCCCCCACAACCGCCCGCCACCCGGAGGAGCAGCGCCCUGCGGCUGCAGUCACAGCAGCUUCCCGGAGCCGCCCGCCAUGGAAGACCUGGACCAGUCGGCCCUGGUCUCCUCGUCCUCGGACAGCCCGCCGCUGCCGCAGCCUCAGUUCAAGUACCAGUUCGUGGGCGCGGUGCUGUGCGGGGCGCGCCUCUGCCCGCGUGCCCGUGGCCGGCCGAGGCCUCGCUGGUGUGCACGCGUUCAGCCCCGGGCCAGCGUCCUCGAAUCCGAGUGGGAAAAUGACAAAGAUGAGACUCUCUUUGCUCUUCCUGCUGCAUCUGAGCCUUUGAUGCACUCCUCUGCAGACGAAAAUAUGGACUUGAAGGAGCAGCCGGCUAACAUUGUUCCGGCUGGCCAUGAGGAUUUCCCAUCUGUCCUGCUUGAAUCUGCCGCUUCUCUUCCUUCUCUGUCUCCUCUCUCCGCUGCUGCUUGUAAAGGACAGGAAUCUCUCGGGAAGGUGUCAGCAGUAUCGCCCACCAAGGGAACGCAUCAAGACUCUUCAGAUGAAGCUUCUAAGGAGUUCUUGGAGAAGGCACACAAUCCAUUUUUAAAUAGAGAUUUUCCAGAGUUUUCAGAAUUGGAGUACUCACAGAUGGGACCCUCCUUCCGUGACUCCCCGGGAGCAGGGUCUGCGGUGGCAGGCACACCCCCCAGGGAGGGCGCCUUCCUGGAGAGGACUGAUGAUGAUGAGCAUUCAGUAGUUGGUAACGACACCCUUCAUAAUCAACAAGUGCUCCCCGUGGCCACCCCUGAGCCAGCCAACGAGGACCGAGUUCUGUCUGCGGACAAAACCCAGGGUAGUGGUGACACAGGAGUGGCCACAGCAGGCUUUCCACAAGCCCCCAUGCGGGAGGAGUAUGCAGACUUCAAACCGUUUGAGCAAGUGUGGGAAGUUAGAGACAUGGACACUGGGGCGAGGACGGCGGCCUCACUGGAAGGCAAAAUGGGCAGCAGGGGCUUUGCCGCCGACAGUCUGGAGCGCACCAGCCCCGGGAGAGACAGCGCGAGCAGCCUCGAGAACAUGUCUUUCCCUAGCACGCCCGACGCCGCGGCAUACAUCGCCUGUGCCCCCCCAGGCCGGGCCGCAGCACAGGGCUGCCCCUUGUUGGAAGGUAACACUGUAGAAAAUAAGACGGAUGAAAAGAAAAUAGAAGAAAAAAAGGCCCAGAUUGUGACCGCAAAGAGCACCCACAUGCAAAUGUCAAACCCUUUCCUUGCUGCAGCUCCUGGUGCUGAGGCAGAUUACGUCACAACGGAGCACCGGUCCCAGGCGGCCGGGGUGGCCAUGGCCACCAUGCCUGAAGGUCUGACCCCAGACUUGGUGCAGGAGGCGUGUGAGAGUGAACUGAAUGACGCGGCAGGUGCAAAGGUGUCCCAAGAGGCCAAGGUGGACCUGGUCCGAGCCUCCGAAGCGCUGCAGGACUCGCUGCCCCCGGGCACGCAGCUGUACCCAUCCUUUGAAGGAUCGGCAGCGGCGCCCUCCCCGGGGCUGCCUGACAUUGUCAUGGAAGCGCCGCUGAGUUCCCUUGCUCCCGGUGCUGGCCCUGCCUCCGUGCAGCCUGGCUCCUCGCCAUUAGAGGCUCCACAUUCAGGGACGCAUGAGAAUAGUGAGCCCGAGUCCGAGAACCCCCCACCUUAUGAAGAGGCUGUGAACGUCUCGCAGCAAAAAGUAGCUGGAAUACAGGAAGAAAGGAGAGAGCCUGCCAGUACCCAGGCGGCUGGUCCACAAGCAGAAGCUCCUUACAUCUCCAUUGCAUGUGAUUUAAUUAAGGGAACAAAGCUCCCCUCCGAGCCAGCUCCCACUUUCCCCACUUACUCAGAAAUGGCAAACAUUGCGCAGCCAGGGCCUGACCCUUCUGACUAUGUCGAAGAUUCCUCUCCCGAUUCUGAGCCCGUUGACUUAUUUAGUGACGAUUCCAUCCCGGAAGUUCCUGAAAAGCAGGAUGAAGCCGUGAUGCUUGGGCAAGAAAACCUCUCGGACCUUUCCCCUGCAUCCCUGGCAGAAGGUGAGAGCGAGGGGAGAUUCAGUGCUUCGCCACCAGAGGGGGGAAAGCCAUAUCUGGAAUCCGUCCAGCCCAUUGUAGACCCGGCGAAAGAUCCUGCGCCCUCCGCACAAGGUUCUGCAUUGGCCCAAAGGGAGAAAAUCCCUUUGCAGAUGGAGGCGCUCAACAUGACAGCGUCCUCCACUGGUGGCCUGUUUACUGCUAAGGAGACUGACGUGAGGGAAAGUGAGACAUCUUCAGAUUCAUCUCCUAUUGAGAUUAUUGAUGACUUCCCCACAUUUGCCAGUUCUACACCCGAUUUUCCCCCUCAGCUGCCUAGAGAGUACCCUGAUCUAGAAAGAUCCUACAGGAGCGAGAUGGCUGAUGUCCAGAAAGCAGCUGCGGCUUUGCCUGGCACAGAGCUACCCGGUGACCUCUCUUCCGAGAAUAUGCAGCCUCAAGCUGAGUCCCAGAGCCGCCCCUGGGGGGAGCCCUACAAGGAUGCGUCCCGCGUAUCCAAGGUGCCCUCGCUGCCUCCAGACGGUCCUGCUGUGGCCGCCCGGCCGGAGGUGGGCAGUGUGCUCAGAGCGGAGGUCCUCGAGGGAGAAGCUGCGAAAACACGGCCUCCUGGGAGCGGGACAAAGGCCAGCCCGCCUUCUGCGCUGCUCUCAGCAGAGCUGAGUAAGACUUCAGUUGUCGACCUCCUCUACUGGAGAGACAUCAAGAAGACUGGCGUGGUGUUUGGCGCCAGCUUGUUCCUGCUGCUCUCGCUGACGGUGUUCAGCAUUGUCAGCGUGACGGCCUACAUUGCCCUGGCGCUGCUCUCGGUGACCAUCUGCUUUAGGAUCUAUAAGGGCGUGAUCCAAGCCGUCCAGAAGUCAGAUGAAGGUCACCCGUUCAGCUGUUACGGGGACCGUGUGUCUGCACUGGCUGAUGUGGUUUCCUUGCAGUUUGCAGUGUUGAUGUGGGUGCUCACCUACGUCGGUGCCUUGUUCAACGGACUGACCCUCCUGAUUUUAGCCCUGAUUUCACUCUUCAGCGUGCCAGUUAUUUAUGAACGGCAUCAGGCUCAGAUAGAUCAUUGCCUCGCACUUGCGAGUAAGACUGUUAAAGACGCUGUGGCUAAAAUUCAAGCGAAGAUCCCUGGAUUGAAGCGCAAAGCCGACUGAGAGUCCAGGGCGCUCGGCACUAGGGGCUCAUCUUCCCAGGAAUGCGCUUUGAAUGGCGGGGGGAGGACGCCUGGACAUUGCCAUGCAGUUUCCCAGAUCCAUUGAGGAGUCUGCCUGCCUUGACUGCGCUGUGCUCCGCAUCGCAAGCAUUGUGAGCUGCUCCGUGUGGAUUCAACCUGUCGUGUUACUUUGUGUUUCCUGUGGGAGGGAGGCACUGGUGAGAGAUUUGAGGAAGCUGUGUGUCACACUGUCACAGGCCGUCGUGCUGUCUUUGGGGAAGUUGCAGAGAAAAUGAAGCUGGGGGGAAAAAAAACCCAAAAAAUCCCUUUCACAGUUUGUGCACUGCGUAUGGUCCGUGUAGGUUGAUGCAGAGUUCCUGAAAUGAGAUGUUUAGACGAGAUCAUACCACAAGCGCAGGAAUGAGAAAAAUCUUGCCUUUCUGGUAUGUUCUAGGUGUAUUGUGAAUUAUACUGUUAUAUUAAUUGCCAAUAUAAGUAAAUAUAGAUUCUUCAUAUAUACCUAUAUCUAGUGUUUCACAGCGCUUAGCCUAUCCCCUCCAGCGGCCCCACCGUGCUUGCUGUCUGCGAGGUCUAGGCUUCCUGUGUUCAGAGCGGAGCACACAGGCAGGCAGCUCUUGCAUGUUUCCGUAUGAAACACGCCACCCCCGUAGGACUCGACAGCAUAGACGCCCCCGUGUGCCGCCCGUCCUGUCACCAACCCCUCUGUGGACUGAACUUCAUGCUUCCAAAAACCUUGUUUGCAAAUAUCAAAUGUUGUUAUGCAAGAAAUUAUAAAUCGGAGCCUUACACCAUUGUGGUUUAAGCUGUACUGAACUAAAUCUGUGGAAUGCAUUGUGAACUGUCAAGCGAAGCAUCAAUAAAGCUUAUAGAAUGCUGGUUUCAUGAA